AAAGAAGAGAAAGAAUAUCAGGAAAAAAGAGGAAGAACAAGAGAAAUUUAGGGGAGACAAAAAAACGUAAUACGUAAAAUAAACGUUUACUCACGGGUACAUGUAUGUACACGCAUGCAGUUAAAGUAUCGUUAAGGAAAAAGAAGAUAGGUUCGAACAAAGUCGACAGUUUCGAAAAUGGCGUCCAAGAUUCGUGGUAGUUACACACUGUCAGCGGUAAUGAAACCAUUAAUAGCAAUAUCACAAGGAUCAUUCGACAAAAAUGAUAUUUUGGAAUUGGCGAAAAGCAUCGUUAUACGCGAAUAUAACUUCCUUUCUAAAGGAGAGCUAUAUGAAGUCUUUUACACAUCUGUAGCAGUUCUUGCAGCAGACUAUCUAUGCAGUUGCAUCGAUACAUUUUCCAAAAGUCAAAUAUCUAUAGUUUGUCAAGCAUGUAGAGUUUUACUUGUUCGUCUUAUAGACAAAUUGUCUCAGCAUCAAGUUCAUUUAGAAAAUGGAACACCUACUGUUUUUAGUACAAAACAAUUACUGCUUCCAAUUCUUGCUCUUUGUACUGGACAAUCUUUACUUUCAUCUGCUGAAGAAUUGUCUUUAAUUGCUAUGACAAAAGAUUUCAAUUUACCACAUAACAUCAAAUCACAGUUAUUUCCUGAAACUGAAAAAGAUUCCUCUCAAUCAUCUAAAGAUUCUGAACGAAUCCAAUGUGAUUUAUCUGGUAGCAUUCUAGAACAAUUGACUAUGCCAUUGCAAGAUUCUGCAAUGUCAAUAUCUGUUAUUGAAAAUACAAAUGAGAAUGCAACUAAAACUACAAAUGACAGUGUUGCUAAUGAAGUUCAUUCAGAUAUUAAGGCAACAUUUAUUACAAAUAACAUAAAUAUUCUUCGAAAUAUGGAUGUGGGAGACAUGCUAUUAGACAUGUGUUUAAAUCUUCCACACUUAUCAUGUUAUACUCGCAAAUAUCAAGCAUACUUGCACAAAAAAAGUUCCACUUUACCUGUGAAUGCCUCUGACGCACAUGCUAUACGUCAUAAUUUACAUUCUGUAUCAAAUGAUAUUAAUAUCGUUCACAAUAUACUAUCUUUGCCAUUUUUAGAACCUCUCACUCCAAAUAAACUAGAAAAGCUAUCGUUAUUGACUAUGUCUUGUUUAUACUGUUCAAUUGUAUAUGCGACUGCAUCCAGUAUCGUUGGAAUAACGAAUGCUGUGUCACCAAAAUGUAGUACGAACACAUCUGCUAGUACACAAACCACUACAAGUAUUAAAACUGCAGAAGAGGAAUAUGAUACUUUAACGAUUACAGUUGUUGAGAAAAGUCUUGAAAUAUUUGGUUUAGUUUCAAAUGUAAUUAAAAAUAGUACAAGGGCUGGAGGUCAUAUUCUACAAAAUCAUUUAUUGAUUGGAGUAUGGUUAUUAGUAACUGGUUUACAAGCCCAGCUUACAGUAAAUGCAGCAGAUAAAGGAAAAGAAGAAAAGGGAAAAUCACCUAGUAAAGCGCGGGACGGAACAACUCGCGUUAAUCUUAUGAAGAUCCAUCAAGGUUUUGGAGUACUUUCAGUUGCCUUAGCUUCCCAUGCACUCACAUUAAUGAGUGCUUUAUUGGAAGAUGUCUCAAUCGAAGCAAUUGCUAAUUGUUCAACUCCACCAGAACCAGCACCUUUGCAUAUAUUAUCUACUGCUACUGCACUUCAAAGAGCAGUCACUUUCUUACAAGCUGUGCCACUUAAUCACUUGUUGUUUUACUUGGCCACUAUUAGUUACAGAAGGGCUUGUACUUUGAAGAGAAUACAAAAACAUCCAUUUGAAGGCGAUGCUUUAAGUCAAUCUGAUUCUACAACUUACUAUGAAGAUCUUUUAAGUUCUUCAGAUGAUUCCACUGAUGAAGAGGAGGACAGCGAACCUAUUUUGGGAUUAUGGUUCGAAGAAACAAUUGCUCCGUCCGACAGUGCACCAGCGAAUGGUACGAAAGAAUCCAGCAGCGAAACCAAUACUGAACGAACUGUGACUACUAUUGUUCCUGAUAAUCGUGAACCUCAUGGAUACAUAUCAUUGGCUACUAAAAUUUUUCAAUUUAUGAAUCAACAUUUAAUUAAUAAUAGAAGUUCGUACGUCCGCGAAUAUGUGGUAAAUGGUUUGGUUGAGCAGCAAAUGGUUAUAUUAGCGGUAAUAAUCAAAGAUCUAGAUCACGAGACUGCUAGGACUGAGACUGGUACUAUUUCAGUGUUCUACGGUGUUACGUUAGGCACUAUGUAUUCUGAAUUUUCGCAAGCUUUGAGUCUUUACACUCAUAAUUUACUUGUUCGAAAUACAUUGAGUGAAGGUUUACAAAAUACCCUCCUCCAGCAUUUAGGUGUAAAUCCAUGGUCUGGAACAGAAAAUACAACUCCGUGUACUUGGCCCCUUCAGGUCUAUCCAAGAACAUUAAGUGUAUUGGCACAGGUUCUUUUGCUAAAACCACAAUCAGAAAAACAAGCAGCUUGUAUAAGUAUAUGGCAUCGUUUGAUUACAACCUUAGUGGAAAAUGUAUGCAAUCCACCUUCUACAUUUGAGGCUGAAAAUGAAGAUUUGAAUGUGGAGCACGCUCAACUGGUUUUGAUUCUAUUCCAUUCUCUUAAUUUCAUGCAAAAGAAGUCAGUGCUACUUGUAACUGGUAGCGGUGCUGUACGUUGUAGCGAAGCUGUUAAAACUCCAAUGAAAGAUUCUCAGUUAUUACAUUUAUCACGAUUAUUGUUAUUGCUUGAAUAUAUGAUGAAACAUCUUUAUGAUGCACCGCCUGCGUUACUUGAACAAGUUCGGUGGAAUCUAUUUUCUGCUACAAGUUUAGUUUCUGAUGUAAAAGAUGGUAAUAAACAAACAGCUCGUAUUUUUACACCAUGGACAGGAAUCGAGGAUAAUUAUCGUAAAAUUGGUAAUCAGGAUGAAUUUUCAAUGAAACCUCGGUUCUAUAAUCUUUCUACCAUAGAUUUUAAUAAUCAAGAUACUCCAAAAUUGGAUGGAGUGGCAUGUAAUUUUAUUCUAGGUGCGCCAGAUAAAAUGAAAUAUCCACUUUUAGUUGAUGCAUUAAUAGAUAUUUUAAAUGUUUUGAAUCAAGCUGAUAUACAAAAGAAAAUUAGUACCGAUGGCAAAGAUAAAGCACCCUCUUUUAUAGGACUGUGUGCGAUUCGCUAUUGUUUCUCCAUAUGUUGGCGAUUAUUGCUAAUGUUACCACCAUCUACCUUAUAUAUGGAUAAAUUAGCUCUUGGUGAGGAAAUUCCUGCAGGACCAAUGUUACUAUAUUCCUUAAUUUGGGGACCUAGAGCUGCAUGCAAAACUUUCACCAGUUGGAUGAAUGAUUGUUUAAUCAGACAGGGAAUGUAUGCACAGUAUGCGAGAAACCUUUUGAAAACGGUAUCAUCUACUGUAAAUUCCCUUAAAUAUGAUGUUACAGUCGCAAAAAAUUGCAUUACAGCAUUAAAACCAGAAAUUAAUUUUAAUAAUAAAAUUAUACCAAAGAAUGCUCUACCUAAACUCAGUUCAUUGUGUAUCUUGGCUGCAGUCAUUGGCAAAUUACAAAUUCUUUUUUAUGAAAAUAUAUCAAAAAGUCAAAAUGAAACUAUUGAGAGUUCAAAAAAUUCUCAGAGUUCAGAAUCUACAAGUGCCAACACAAAUAAAAUGAUGAUCAGUAUCCUUCCACAUGUUCUAUCAUUGACUGAAUCAAUUUUGUUCUCGUGUCGAUCAAAUAUAUUAUAUGAGAUGCUUGAAUCUUUUGAACAAGAUGGUAAAUAUGGUUCUCGAGAUUAUUCUAUACUUGACAAUAUUAUUGCAAUGGCUGGUGCAAAUUGGGCUACUGAAGCAUCCUUGAUCUCUUUUUUACCGAAUUCUGUACAGUCCGUUAUAGAUAAAUGGAAAUCUGUCGAUGUCGUUCACAUUCCUUGGAACACUUAUACAAAUGACGUUAUACCAGCAGAGAGCUACAUUUUGGCUACUGUAUGCCAACAUGUGAGUUCACUUUCUGAAUAUCCGACGUUUUCUAUUAAUCCGUCAUUGAAAAAGUUGUUACAUAAUUUAGUGACAUUUAUAGUGGAGUACGUUACUCCAACAACAGCACCAGAGAACACGGAUGUUCGUUCACAAGCCCUAGACAUCCUUAUUGCAUUGUCUAUGGAUGCUCGCACGGAUUAUCUUCAAGAUAUAACUAAUAAGGCUAUGACAAAACUACUAGGUGAUAACGACAGUGAAACACGGCAACUACGAGAACACCUUUUUGUAUUACAUCACACAUAUAAUUUGAUAAUCGAAUAUACGAAUGAAACGCAAAAUCCUGUCAGUAUUACCGUCGAUGAAAGAAUUUUAAAACGAUGUAUUAAAUAUUGGGAACAAUUACUGGGAAAAUCAAUCGGAUGCAAGGCAUUAGAUUUAUUUUUUGCACCAAACACUAAUCGAUCUCUCGUUUCUGUGUUAUUAUGUAUAACAUCCUCACAAACAUCGCAACAGUUUGCCACACACGUUUUAAGAUUUUUCAACAUGUUAUUCAAAACAGCUGAGAAAGGAAGUGAUGGAUCAUUAGAACGUCUUUGUGGUUCUGUAUCGAAUUUAGCUCAUGUAGAGCCAGAAAAAUUACAAAUAUGGUUGAAGCAAAUUAUUUUAGGAAUAACAAGUAAUUCGCCAAAUACAUUAUUAAUAAACAUAAAAACAGUAGUAACUGCAAGUGGAUUUGUUGUCGUUGAUAAUACAACCGAAGAAGCUCAGAAACAACAACAGCAAGUCCAACAACAACAUUCGAUGCAUGAAAAUAGUCGACUUCUGCGAGCGCUUACAAAUUACAUAGUGAAAGAGAAAAGUAGCAUCGACGAAGGUGUACCUGUUACGAUUCUUCAAGCCCUUAUACCAUUAGCAUAUCAUAUUCUUUCUCCAACGAUUGAAGGCAGUGAAUUUUCGGAUUUAAUGAAUGUUAUGUCCACAUUAGCUGAUGCUGGUUCUGAGAAAGGACAUACCUUAUUAUUUAAAGCUGCGAUUGAAUGGAUUGAAUUUUGUAAGGAACAAUUGAUGAAUAAAGAUCUUCAAAGUUUGGAUAAACCAUUACCAUUUAUUGAAGCUGGCUGCUGUAUACUAAACUACAUAGCAGAUGUAGUGAGUGCAAUUUGUCCUCAAUCAAUACAAUCACAAGAUCGAGCAACUAGUCCACCAUGGGAAGGUACUACACCAAUUAAUGAUGUGAACGAUAGUGAUUGGAUAGAUGAGAUUCCACACGAAGAUGAAGAUAGUGCUGCAGAAGAUUCUGACGAUGAUAGCCUUUGCAACAAGCUUUGCACAUUCACUAUUACGCUUAAAGAAUUUAUGAAUCAACAUUGGUACCAUUGUCACACGUGCAACAUGGUAAACGGAGUUGGUGUUUGCACGGUAUGUGCUCGUGUUUGUCAUCGCGGGCACGAUGUUACCUAUGCAAAAUAUGGAAAUUUCUUUUGCGAUUGUGGUGCAAAGAAUGAUGGUUUUUGUCAAGCUUUAAUGAAACGAAGUCCUCAAUCGUCGGAGCAUCAGAGUAAUUCAGCUGCCGUUGUUUCUGGAAAUACGGUUACAUCGACUAGCGGUUCAACCGGUGUCCCUAGUACAAGUUAUGGAAAUACCCUUGGAUCAUCUAUCGAGAAUCAAGAUCUUCUUCUUACAAGUAGUUUACGUCGAAGAACUUCUAGCCCCUUGUACUUUUCUGAUAAACAAGAAAGACACGGUCGUGACAAACAGAGACAUGCAUACUUAGCUAAGCAGUUAGAAACAUCGAAAGAUUGGAUACAAAGUCAACUUUGGAAAAGUGGUUUGGUAUCAUCGUUAGUAGAUUUGACUCGUACAUUAGUACCUGCUGUAGAUGCAUCAUGUAAAAAAAAUUCUGCAAUUGGUUGCCAUGCACGUGCUCAAAUGGCACUGAAACAACUACACGUGGUAGAUAAAAAGUUUGAAUAUACUGAUCAAUUAAUGCUUCCUACUUUGGGAUCACAAGAAGGAGCUUUCGAAAACGUUCGAAUGAAUUAUUCGGGAGAUCAAGGACAAACAAUUAGACAAUUGUUAUCUGCACAUAUGAUACGUCGCGUUGCAAUGUGUUGUCUGUCAUCUCCACAUGGUAAAAGACAACAUUUGGCUGUCUCACACGAGAAAGGAAAAAUAACAGUGUUACAAUUAGGUGCAUUGUUAAAACAACCUGAUUCAUCAAAACGAAAAUUAACAUUAACAAGACUCGCUUCUGCUCCUGUACCUUUCACUGUAUUGUCUGUAACUGGAAAUCAAUGGAAUGAAGAUUUUUUGGCAGUUUGUGGUUUUAAGGAUUGUCAUGUAUUAACUUUUAAUACUUCUGGAACUGUGUCAGAUCAUUUGGUUUUGUAUCCUCAAUUGGAAACUGGCAAUUUUAUUAUAAAAGCAAUUUGGUUGCCUGGAUCGCAAACGCAACUUGCUUUAGUUACUGCAGACUUUGUAAAGAUCUAUGACCUUGGAAAAGAUGCUCUUUGCCCACAAUAUUACUUUUUAGUGCCUACUGGAAAGAUAAGAGAUUGUACAUUCAUGUAUGCAGAAGAUGGUGUCUUUUACUUGUUGAUAAUAUCCUCAGCUGGUUAUAUUUAUGGUCAAGCAAUGGAUGAAGUAAGUUCAGCGAAAUACGGACCUUUCUACGUGACGAAUACUCUUGAUGUGUAUCAUCCAGAAAUAAGGGAUAAUGGUCAAGUUGGUGGUGGUGGCGUAUCGAUUUAUUAUUCACACGCUUUGCAAUUACUCUUCUUUAGUUAUGCAUGUGGUAAAAGUUUUAUUGCGCCUCUUAAAUACAUGGAAACCGAUGUAACAACUGUGUUCCAAAUUAAUCUUACUGGUAAUAAGAAUUCAAACGGAAAUAAAUCAAAUAAUAAUCAGCCACAACCAUUGUGUCAGUGGAGUGAAGUACCCAAUCAUCCUGGAUUGAUCUCUAAGGCUAAAAUAAUGGAUAUGGUUGUCAUUAGACAUCCGAGUUCAAAUGCUGAACAUCGUACGACUUUAAUUUUAUUAUGUGAAGAUGGAAGUCUGAGAAUUUAUAUGGCUGGAAUGGAGCAAACUGGAUAUUGGAUGUCUCCUACAGUUCAGCCAGUAGGUAUAAUGGCUACGGUUAAGCCGACACGAAAAAAGAAGACUAUUAAAACGGGAAAGCCAACAGGAUCCAUUACUUUUCCUAUUGACUUUUUCGAACAUUGCCAAGUGAUGAACGAUGUGGAAUUUGGUGGUAAUGACUUGCUACAAAUUUACAACGUCGCGCAAAUUAAACAUAGACUCAACACGACUGGAAUGUAUGUCGUUUCUACAAAAGCAAUGGGAUUCAGUGUCGAAGUUACCAAUAAUGACGCUGUUUUGGUUAUGACGGGAAUUCGAGUAUUACUUGGAAAUCAGGACGUUCAAAGGGCUCCGGUUUAUAUUGAGGUAUUUGAUAGAACUAUUCGUACAACUUUAAGUAGAAGUCGUUGGUUUGACAUACCUUUAACACGUGAAGAUAGUCUUCAAGCUGAUAAAAAAUUAACUAUCACGUUUGGACCAUCCCAAGAUCCUGAAGGCGUCAUUAUGGUAGAUUGUAUCAAGAUAUAUGGGAAAACAAAGGAUGCUUUUGGCUGGCCUGAAGAAAUAGAAGAUGUUGCAACAGGUCAGUCAACAUCUGCACCAGUAACCACAAUAAAUAGUGAGACGGAUAGUGCCCUAUCUGCACCUGUUUCUUUAUCCUCUGUUGAUAGCACCACAAAGGACAAUUCCCUUGAUAUCGAUAGAAUGAUAGCAGCUAUGUUAGAAGUUUUGGAAUUGUCUUUUAAUAUACCCACGAAUGACGAAAAUAAGUUGUCAUUGAAAACAACAGCUAUUGAUGUAGCAUCACAGUUGCUUAUAUUACCAACUCCUCCAACUGUACAAAUGCACACAACUGCACUUCUAGCUGCUUUGCAUCCAUCUAAACAAGCAUAUCAUCUUCAUAAGGAUCACGUACUAUUAUCACAUGUAUUGGAUUCGUUGAAAUUAAUGAGAGAACUGGAUGAUGUCCGUGAUAUAGAUGCAGAAAACUUUUAUAGACUAGUACUUAUUGUUCGGAGUAUAUCUAUAUCUCGACCACAAAAUCUUGCCAAAUUUACUGACCAGUACACGAAUAAACCAAUAGAUGAAACCAGUGUACCAAUUUUUGAAAAGGACCGACAAAGUAUUAAUCAGUCUUGUAAAAGUGCGGAUGGGAAUCAACACCAUUUGGUAGUACAGCUUAUGGAAAUGUUGUGGUCUUUGCAUAUGGCGUAUCCGAAAAACAUGGCUCUUGCACCGGUCGUAGUUCCAGGAUUAACUCAUGCCGAAGGAACAAUUCACGCAAUUGUUGAAAUAAUUCACGCAUUUACAACGUGUGAUGUAGAAAAGAAUAUUCCCUUAGCUGCGAAAUUAUAUCUACAGUUAUUAUUAUCAUCUGAUACAACCAUCAGUUUUACCGUUAAGCAAGCAAUAAUCCGUGUACUUCGACCGUGGUAUAAAAGAAGAAGAGUUUAUAUACCAAGUCCUCCUAAUUGUACCACACCAGGUACAGCUGUGGAUACGGAAGAAAAGCCAUCAUCCUCCAUACAAUCUCAUCGAGAGUUGGCAACAACUACACCAACGACGUCAACGAUAGAUCGAGAGACAGAACAACAUUUGGAUGUAGAACCAAUGGCGUCAGUGACUGAUCCUUUAGCAGUGAUGUUAACGGCAGAUAGUCAUCAAGAUUCAACCACUCCAACGACAAGUACAGCUUCCACUACCACAAGUAGAAAUUCGGCCGAUAGUACUAGCGGUACCGCUACUAGUAAUAGCGGUCCGAUAACAAGGGGAGCGGUGAAUCCUUUGGAAACGUUGCUUGGUUCAGGAAGUUUUCCGCAAAUAUUAGAUGUGCCACCUGAUACUGAUGAUGAAACAAUGGUGGAAUUGGCAAUUGCACUCAGUUUGCAAGAUCAUGAAGGUGGAAAUGCCGAUUUACAAGUACUACGCCAAGGAUUUCAACAAAGUCUUUCAAACUUUCAAAGACUGGAAAACCAUCAAAACUUAAAUGGGCCAGCGUUGCAAAGUUUACAAGCAUUAGCAGUGCAAGGUUUGGUUCAAGUUCAAAGUACAAGUCAGGGUCAAGAAGGUGGAGGUCAUUAUUCGGACACAACUGCCUCUGCUGGGGGAUCAGAUGAUGAAGGAUCAACUGCUGCUACCGAUGGUAGUACGUUACGUACAUCUCCAGCAGAACAAGGUGGUAGUGGUGGUAGCAAGGGUAGCGAGAGCGGUGGAAGCGAGAGCGGAGGAAGUGCUAUAGACAGCAUGACGGGGGAGCAUAAUGUAUCGGGAAGGAGCUCCGCGUACGGAGACAAUGGUCCCGAUUCUAUACCUCCGAUUGGGGGAAUUGGAGUCAACCAAGCAUCACGUUCCGAAACUAAUUCCGUGGGUCUCCCCACGGCUUUCACUGUUACUGAACAAGAAGAAGGUACAGAACAAGAACAUACCACAGAACAAGAAAAUGAUACAAGCUGUGAAACUACUGCAAAAUUGCAUUCCAUACGAUUAUUAUUGCUCGAUAAACUUAUGCGCUUUGUGCCAAAUUUAACAAAUGUACAUGGUGUCUUGACUGUUCCUUUUAUGCAGGUUCUAUUAAUGUUGACUGCUGAUCUAGAUGGACAAGAAGAGAAAGAUAAAGCUUGUGUCGAACGAUUACUCCGAAUAUUAGUAACAGAAUUAGAAAUGGAUAAACCAGAUACAGCUAAUAUAUGGCAACGUAACAACAAGCGAGAAGUUCAUUUGGUUAUUAUGCGAUUGCUAAGUGUUUUAAUGUCUCGGUCGAAACAUACUGUUAAAACACAAGGGGAAAAUUCGAAUUUUAUUUCUCAGAUGGCAGCCGCGAUACUCAAUAAAGCUGGUGUUAUCGACUACUGUUCUACGUUGCUAAAAGCAUUAUUGGAAUAUUGGAAAACAACGUCAACCGAAGAAACCGAUACUGUCCUUGGUGGUCAAUUACUUAAAGAACAUCUUACAACCUCUCUACCAGACAUGUCACCACUCUUUUUGCGACAGCAUGUUAAAGGACAUGCUGGUGAUAUAUUUGAGCCUUAUCCACAAUUACUAACGGAAAUGGUACUACGAUUACCCUACCAAGUCUACAAGUAUGCUGAAAGCAAUUCAACACAAUCAGCUUUUGAACAACCCUGGUACUUUUAUCUUUGCGAAUACAUGAUGUCUUAUCAAACACCACUUGUUAGGAGACAAGUACGCAAAUUACUGCUCUUUAUUUGUGGUAAUAAAGAAAAAUACAGACAACUGCGUGAUUUACACGCCUUAAUCUCACAUAUACAGUCAGUACAACAACGCUGUACCGCUGGUGGAUUUGAUCCUCUUCAAGCGCGUCCAUAUUCCAUUAAUUUACCAUAUGAUUCGUUGGUAGACUUAAUCGAACAUUUGAAAUGUUGUGUCGAAAUAGCCACAAGUCGCACAGGAAAUUGGCAGAGAUUCUGUUUAAAACAGAAUACAGUACUAUCAUAUCUGUUUACUAUAUCAACACUUCUGGAUGAAGGUGUAAGUCCUACAGUGUUGCAACUUUUACAAUGUGCUAUAUGUUCAAGCAAUAAAUCGAAAGAAACAAAAGAUACCAAAGUGAAAGAAUCAAAAUCUGGGACCAUAGCAACAAAAGAGAAACGAGAGCGUGAAAAAUCUGAAGACUCGGAUACAGAAGCCAAAUUUGAGGAAGCUCAAUGUUUGGCUUUAGUUGAACAAAUUCAAAAACAAGUUUCUCCAAGCCUAUUAACGAAAUUUGUUCAAACUUUUCUGCUUGAAACAAAUAAUACGAAUGUCCGUUGGCAAGCGCAUUCCUUGAUACUAGCUAUUUACAAGAAUUGUGGUCCAACAGAUCAAGAAGUGUUACUAGACUUACUGUGGCGUUUGUGGCCUUUAUUGCCAGCUUAUGGUAGAAAAGCGGCACAAUUCGUUGACUUACUUGGUUACUUUUCUUUAAAAACUCCACAUGCGAGUAAAAAGAUGCACACCUAUAUGGAGCAAGCAGUUGCAGUUCUACGCGCACAAAAUCAGUUGCUCGCACGUCACCCCAAUGCUAAUUUGUACGCAAACCUUGCUCAAUUCGUCGAAUUAGACGGAUAUUAUUUGGAAAGUGAACCUUGCUUAGUAUGCAAUAAUCCCGAAGUUUCAAUGUCGACGAUCAAACUUUCAUCAAUUAAAGUUGACUCUAAAUUUACGACAACCACGCAAAUUGUCAAACUUAUAGGUAGUCAUACGAUCAGUCGCAUAACCCUUCGUAUAGGUGAUCUAAAAAGAACGAAAAUGGUGCGUACAAUCAAUAUAUAUUAUAAUAAUCGAUCUGUUCAAGCUGUAGUUGAAUUGAAAAAUAAGCCUGCAAUGUGGCAUAAAGCUAAAAAGAUUACGCUGGCUCAAGGACAAACGGAAAUUAAAAUGGAAUUCCCAUUACCAAUUGUUGCUUGCAAUUUGAUGAUUGAAUAUGCGGAUUUUUAUGAAGAUAUACAAGCAUCUUCCGAAACAUUACAGUGUCCACGAUGUUCUGCAAACGUGCCUGCAAAUCCCGGCGUUUGUGGUAAUUGCGGUGAAAAUGUGUUCCAGUGUCACAAAUGUAGGGCAAUCAACUAUGAUGAAAAAGACCCGUUUUUGUGCCAUGCCUGUGGUUUUUGUAAAUACGCCAAAUUUGAUUAUACGCUUACUGGAAGACCUUGUUGUGCAGUUGAUCCUAUCGAGAGCGAUGAUGAUCGCAAGAAAACAGUAGCGACAAUUAACACUUUGCUCGAGAAAGCUGAUCGUGUGUACAAAACAUUGAUUUCAAAUAAACCGACAUUAGAAAUGUUAUUGAUUAAAAUAUCGGAACACCGUUUAGAUCGUGCAUUAGUAGAAGACGGUGCAGCAGCUGCAACAGCUAUUCAGGUGUCAAGUGGUACUACUCAGGUAAACAGAGCCAUACAAUUACUUGCUCAAAAAUACUGCGGCGAAUGUAAAACUUCCUUCGAAGAACUGAGUAAAAUUAUACAAAGGGUUUUAGCCUGCCGACGAGAACUUGUAGCGUAUGAUCGUCAACAACGAGGCCAAAUUAUUGCUGGUUGUUCAUCGAGCAAUGAUGCAACAAUUGUAACUGGUAAAGAGGAAUCUUCAGUAAACAUUUCUCAAUUGACGACAGUAACAUCAAUAACACAUCAGCAAUCGAUUGUCGGGUGUGUGAAUCCGCAAACGGUCGGUCGUUGUUACGGAUGUGCAACCGCGGCUACAGAACAUUGCCUAACCCUAUUACGUGCUCUUGCUACUAACCAGGCAGCUAAAGAGGUUCUGUGUAAACAAGGAUUAAUUCAAGAGCUCGUUGAGCAUAAUUUACGAAAAGGUACUGUACAAAUGCAGGAAGAGGUUCGACAAUUAUUGUGCCUUGUAACUAGAGACAACCCACAGUCUACUAAAGAACUUUGUUCUUUAUUAACUGGUCGAAUUACUUUAACUCUUCGUGGUCGCGUUGUUACAUCGGAUUUAUCGUUAGCAGUGCGUCACGAAAUGGCGCUCCUAGCAGCUCUAAUUCAGAAGGAGGAUAUCUGUUGGGAACAAAAGCUACGAUGUGUCAUGCAGUUGUUCUUAAUGGCAUGUAAAGAAUCUAAGAGUCCUGUUGUUAUGGAAAGUAUCAUUUUACCGUGUUUAAAGAUAUUGCAAGGACUGGUAAAACCAGAGCAACCAGUUUCAAAGAAAACUAAAGACAGGAGCAUUGAAUCAUUAGCAUCUGUUCAACUGCCUGAAGGUAUUACCAUUGAUGUUAGCAAAUGGUUAAAUGGUGACUCGAAACAUUCGUAUUCUGAUUGGAUUCGUCGCAUACCUGCCAAAAAAAUAGAACACUCUUCAAGCAAACCAUUAAAGAAAGAGGAAACUCGAACACUCUAUUUAAUGGAAAAAUAUGGGCAUAGAUGGCAUAAUCAAUGCUUAAGACAACAAGGUGUUCAACCGUUAAAAUUGGCUGAUGGAGCCUGGUUAAAAGAAGUUUUGUUUAACCCAAGUUCUCGAUUAGCGCGACAAGUUGCUUGUAAUAUGAUAGAAAGUCUUUGUCAAGGUACAGAACGUAAGAAAGAAGUGCUUGUGUUGCUUACGUGUUACUUAGAGGAAUUGCGUACAGCCGGUGAGAGUAGCACAGAAUUUCUUACAUUGUACCAAAGCUUAAUUAGUCAGCCGCCUUGGAAACAAUUUUUAGCAGUAAGAGGCGUUAUGACGUUACUUGCGGAUUUGUUAACGAGAGAGAUUGAAGAACUUCAUCGACUAGAAGAAACUACUUUAACCAGUGACUUAGCACAAGGUUAUUCUUUGAAAAUGCUUACAGAGCUGAUGGCAACAUUCCUUGAGCAAGAGAAUAUUAAACGGCAAUAUAAAAGUCGUUUAGUAGGCGCUGUACUGAAUGGUUAUCUCUCUCUAAGAAGAUUAGUCGUUCAACGAACAAGGCUAAUCGAUGAUACAGAAGAAAAACUAUUGGAUCUUCUUGAAGAAAUGACUACCGGUACCGAAGAAGAAACGAAGGCUUUUAUGGCAAUUUGUGUGGAAACAGUACAAAAGUAUAGCGUAGAAGAUGUACGUACACCAGUAUUCAUCUUUGAAAGGCUCUGUUCAAUCAUUUAUCCGGAGGAAAACGAUGUCGGAGAAUUUCAUCUGUCUCUUGAGAAAGAUACACUGCAAGAAGAUUUCCUUCAAGGUAGAAUGUUGGGAAAUCCUUACAGCAGUUUAGAACCUGGUUUAGGACCACUUAUGAGAGAUGUAAAGAAUAAAAUUUGUCUAGAUUGCGAAUUAAUUGCAUUGUUAGAAGAUGAUAAUGGAAUGGAGCUUUUAGUUAAUAAUAAAAUUAUCAGUCUUGAUUUGCCUGUAAGGGAAGUAUACAAGAAGAUUUGGGUACCAGAAGGUGGGGAAUGCGACGCUAUGCGCGUAGUAUACCGAAUGCGUGGAUUGCUCGGAGAUGCGACUGAAGAGUUUGUUGAAAGUUUAAAUGCAAACAGCGAGCAAGAGGUAAAUAAUGAAGAAGUCUAUAAAAUGGCUAAUGUUCUGGCAGAUUGUGGUGGUCUUCAAGUAAUGGUGAACAGAUUGGCGACUAUACAAAAUGUAAAUCGAGCUCGGCCACUGCUUCAAGUUCUUCUUAAACUUUUCCGUCUUUCAGUGAAAGUAAAAAAGAAUCAAGAAGUUCUCAGUAAUUUGGGAGCGGUAACUGUGUUUCUCGACGUACUACAACGUUGUCUUGCAACUGAAUCAGAAAAUUGGCAAGCGAAAAUUACAGAACAAUUAUUAGAGAUCAUGGAAACGAUUUUAACGCAUGCAUCAUUAUCUACACUUGAAGCUUUUUCACGCACAUCAAGUGGGCCAGAACAUAUAAAGGCACUUCUUUCUUGUGCCCAAUCAACUGCUGUCAGACAAAGUAAUAUAUUGCCACAACUUGCUCGUGUAUUAGCCGCUUUGACUUAUGGCAAUCGUGAAAAAAUGGCUCUUCUUUGCGAUUAUUUUAAACCUGUACUAGAUUUUUACGAAUUUGAUCAUGAACAUACACCAGAAGAUGAACAAAAACUUGAAUUGUUUUGUAUUCUCACUCAAGCUAUCGAGCGCAACGCUAUUGGAAAUACUCUCAAAGAUUACAUCAUAAGUAUGGGAAUCGUAAAAGAUGCUUUUGAGUAUAUAACUGUGCGUGCUCCUUGCCUUAAACCUACAUUGUUACGAACAGAUAGCGACGAAUUAAAAGAUUACAUUUCGAAACCAGCACUCAAAUAUAUUUUACGAUUCUUAACUGGCCUAGCAACCGAUCACGAACCAACGCAGUUAGCAGUAUCACAAUUUACUAUCAGUAUAAUACAUCGUUUGGAACAAGUAUCUUCAGAUGAACAUGUUGGAUCUCUAGCAGAGAAUUUGUUGGAAGCAUUAUGCACAAAUAAACGCGUUGCCGAAUUAAUCGAAAAAGCUCGACAGCAUACGCGCAGCGAGAAAAAACGUUUGGCGAUGGCAAUGCGAGAAAGACAGUUAGGCGCAUUAGGUAUGCAAACAAACGAUAAAGGUCAAGUGGUGGCUAGUGGCGCGAUACUUCAACAAAUGGAAGAUUUAGGUGAUGAAACAGGAUUGGUAUGCGUUAUUUGUCGAGAAGGGUACAAAUUCAAACCACAUAUGGUUUUAGCGAUUUAUACCUUUUCGAAACGUUGCAACGUUGAAGAAUUCGAAACGAAACAAAGAAAAACUGUAGGGUAUACCACCGUUACACAUUUCAACGUUGUCCAUGUAGAUUGUCACAUGUCUGCAGUAAGAUUAGCACGUGGUAGAGAUGAGUGGGAAAGUGCAGCAUUGCAAAAUGCGAAUACAAAGUGCAAUGGACUUUUACCUCUAUGGGGUCCUCUUGUUCUAGAAUCUGCUUUUGCUAGUUCUUUAGCCAGACAUAAUACCUAUCUACAGGAGUGUACCAGUCAUCGUGACAUAUCUUAUCCAUCAACUGUUCAUGAUUUGAAAUUACUAUUACUGCGAUUUUCUCAAGAAAAGAGUUUUCAUGAGGAUAGUGGAGGAGGAGGUCCACAGUCAAAUAUGCACUUAAUUCCUUAUUUAAUUCAUACAGCACUUUACAUAAUUAACACCACACUAGCAGAAACACGGGCAGACAAAACAUUAAUUGGAUAUUUGGAAACACCUCCAGAUUCUAGUUGGCUUGAAAGUUGUUAUGAAGCAGAAGGACCAUUUUAUCAGUGUACCAUGUCUCUUUUACUUCAUACACCAACUCGUUGGAAAACAUACAGAAUUGCUCAUUUAAACAGAUUAAUUGUUCUUGCCCAUCAGCGAUAUGUUUCACCAUCAGGCCCAACAAAAUCUAUUGUUGAUGUUACUGUUAAGCAUUAUGCAGUGUACAAAAGUGCUUUAAUUUUUUUUGGGCUAAUCGACUGUAUUUAUGCUAAUUUCUUCAAGAAAGUUAAUGUAUUAUCUGAUAAUCAAUGGCCAUCAGUUUUGGCUAAAUAUAUCAGACAUAAUGAUGAAGCCAUGUUAAAAGCUUCAGAACGUGUGUUAGCUACUUAUCGUGAUGAAUUAUUACCUUGUACAUCUUUUGAAGAAUUUUGUGAUGUUGCUGGCUUACUGGACGAAAUAACGGAUCCUACGUAUAUAAGUGACAUUUUGCGAAGACUCUGUUAAAAAAAAAAAAAACUUGAGAACAAGCUGUUCAAAGGAAAUUCGCUCCUUUAACGUAAAAAAUAUAAAAACUUUCUCUGAACUUCCUAGUUUCUUCAUGUAUUUUAUUUUCUUGGCUUACAUAUAUGCGCGCACGUGAACACAUCCACUCAGUCACAUACGUCUAUCUUAUUAA